AUGGAGUUCAGCCUCAGUAAGACACUCCUGUUUGGCUGGAGAGGUAUAAAACAGAAGUUUCACCUUUCUCUUGACAGAGGUGGACUCAGCAACAUGCUGUUUCAGUGCUCACUACCUGAUACCAUUGAGACAGUUGCAGAUGAACCACGGAAAGUUCUCCUGCGCUUAUAUGGUGCAAUCCUGCAGAUGAGGUCCUGUAAUAAAGGAGAGUCUGUACAGUCUCAGAAGGAAAAUGACUUGCAAGGGGCAGAAGCCAUGGUUCUGGGAAGUGUUAUGUUUGCCAUUCUUGCAGAGAGAGCUCUCGGCCCAAAGCUGUAUGGAAUCUUUCCGCAAGGGCGGCUGGAGGAAUUCAUUCCCAGCAGGAAACUAAGUACUGAAGAAUUAAGCUUACCUGACAUAUCUGCUGAAAUAGCUGAGAAGAUGGCUAGAUUUCAUGGCAUGAAAAUGCCAUUUAAUAAAGAACCUAAGUGGCUUUUUGGAACAAUGGAAAAAUAUCUAAAUCAAGUGCUGAGGAUUAAAUUUACCAGAGAAUCCAGAACUAGAAAACUGAACAAACUCCUCAGUUACAAUCUCCCUCAGGAAAUGAAAAAUCUAAGAGCGAUGCUUGAAGCCACUUCAUCACCAGUUGUGUUUUGCCACAAUGACUGUCAAGAAGGUAAGCUGCUAAUAUUUCAUGACCUUGUUCAAUGA